AUGCCUUCGGCUUCGGCAACUGGCUCUGACGCCAAACGCGGAGGUGCGACGUCGCGCGACCAUAAGCAGGGCAACCAGGAUCGCAAGUACACGGAGGACCAGAAAGCUGCUGUACUUCGGAUUCGAAAGUGCCAGCCUACAGCAUUUUACGAGAUUCUGUUGGUUGAGCGCAGUUCCACCGAUAAUGAGAUCAAGAAGGCCUACAGGAAACAGAGUUUGUUGACACAUCCCGAUAAGAACGGGUACGAUGGUGCGGAUGAAGCAUUUAAGAUGGUCUCGCGUGCUUUCCAGAUCCUUUCCGACGAGGAAAAGAAAUCCAAGUACGACAAGUUCGGCGGCGAUCCUGAUAGCAGGUUCCAACCUGGGCCUAGUGCUUCAAGCGGCGCGUCUCCAUUCAGUGGAUUCGGUGGUGGUGGAUUCCCCCGCGGAGGUGGCGCAGGCUUCGAUGAGGAGAUCUCAGCCGAAGAGAUGUUCAACCGGUUCUUCAAUGGUGGAUUCGGCGGAAUGGGUGGUGGAUUCGGCGGCCCACAAUUCGUUUUCAACAUGGGAGGUGGCCCAGGGUUCCGAGUGCAUCAAUUCGGAGGCCAGACGCCCCGCCGUCGUCCUCGCACAGCGGCCACCGAGCAGGAAGCCCAGAUUGAUGGCCGCAGCUUACUUCGCCAACUCUUGCCGCUCAUUCUCCUGUUCAUCCUGCCUCUGCUCUCGUCUCUCUUCUCUGGCUCUUCAACCCCAUCUGGACCCUCUUAUCGAUUUGAUACCCCCGUCUCCCCGCAUACCCUCGGCCGCUCGACCCCAAAGCUCAAUCUUAAUUACUUCGUGAACCCCCUGGACGUGGAUAACUUCAGCGCUCGAAACUUCCGGGAGCUAGACUCGCGCGUGGAGGUGGAAUAUGUCAGGAGACUGCGGAACGACUGUGAUGCGGAAGCCCACGAGCGAGAGAGGAGGUUGCAGGACGCCCAGGGGUGGAUUUUCCCUGAUGUCGAGAAAAUGAAGGCGGCCCGUGCUAUGGAGAUGCCGAACUGCCGGCGACUGGAUCAGCUGAAGACUAAGGGGAGAUUUUGA